AAAGGAAGAAGUGGGGCAGGAAAACCGCUUUUUAGAAAACCUCUGAGAAGUUUGCAUCCACAUCUGAGCUGCGUGAUGUGAACGGGGGAAUAAAGCGUUUAUUCCUCGAGUUAGAAAGUUUGGAAAAGCCGGCGCCGUUACUGUGGGGGAACGAUGGGACUCCCGGCGCUGGAGUUCAGUGACUCUUUUCUGGACAGCCCGGACUUCAGGGAGCGCCUCAAAUACCAUGAAAUAGAGCUGGAGCGGACCAACAAGUUCAUCAAGGAGCUCAUCAAGGAUGGAAAUAUGCUGAUCACUGCCCUCAAGAGUCUUUCUGCUGCUGUCCAGAAGUUCUCCCAGUCGUUGCAGGAGUUCCAGUUUGAGUGCAUAGGUGAUGCUGAGACAGAUGACGAGGUCAACAUUGCCCAGUCAUUCAAAGAGUUCUCCCAGCUGCUGAACACUGUUGAAGAGGAAAGAAGGCGCUUGAUUCAGAAUGCAGAUGAUGUCCUGAUUACUCCCUUGGAAAAAUUUCGGAAGGAGCAAAUUGGCGCAGCGAAGGAGGUAAAGAAGAAAUUUGAUAAGGAGACGGAAAAAUACUACUCCACACUUGAGAGACAUCUCAACCUAUCAUCUAAAAAGAAAGAGGCCUAUCUACAGGAGGCUGACACGCAGAUUGAUAAGGAGAGACAGCUCUUUUAUGACACAUCCCUUGAGUAUGUUUUCAAAAUUCAGGAAGUGCAAGAAAAGAAAAAAUUUGAGUUUGUUGAGCCGCUCUUGGCCUUUCUUCAGGGUUUGUUUACAUUUUACCAUGAAGGAUAUGAGUUGGCUCAUGAAUUUGAACCAUACAAACAGCAGCUCCAGUUCAACCUACAGAACACAAGAAACAACUUUGUGAGCACCAAGCAGGAAGUGGAGAAGCUGAUGAACAGGAUACGAUCCGCAGAUCAGGACUACAAACCCCCCGGCCAGUGGACGAUGGAAGGCUUCCUGUAUGUCCAGGAGAAGCGUCCUCUGGGAUGCGCGUGGACCCGUCACUACUGCACGUAUGACAAAGGAAGCAAGACCUUCACCAUGAGCAACACAGAAAACAAGUCAGCUGGGAAACAGAAUGGCUUCGUCUUGAAUCAGCCAGAGACUUUCAAGCUCAGGUCCUGCAUUCGGAGGAAAACAGACUCCAUCGACAAGCGCUUCUGCUUUGAUAUCGAAGUGGUGGAGAGAAAUGACAUCUGUCGAGGAACUCUUUUCAGACCUCUUCAGUUUUUCUGUAAAGUCCGGCAUGGCGUAAUGACACUGCAGGCGCUGUCAGAGUCCAACAGAAGACUGUGGCUGGAGGCCAUGGAUGGCAAGGAGCCGAUUUAUAACCUGCCAGCCAUACUAAGCAAAAAAGAGGAAACGUAUCUUAACGAGGCAGGUUUUAACUUCGUGAGGAAAUGCGUCGACCUCGUCGAGACGAGAGGCAUCCAUACAUUGGGGCUGUAUAGAAUUGGAGGGGUAAACUCCAAAGUACAGAGGCUGAUGAGCACAGUCUUUUCUUCCAAAGCACCUGUGAAUAUGGAGCUGGAUCCUGAAAUGUGGGACAACAAAACCAUCACCAGUGGUCUGAAGAAUUACCUCAGGUGUCUCUCUGAGCCUCUCAUGACUUUCAAGCUGCACAAAGAUUUCAUCAUGGCUGUCAAGUCUGAUGAUCAAAACUACAGAGUGUGUGCUGUUCAUGCGUUGGUGCAUAAGCUACCUGAGAGGAACAGGGAAAUGCUGGAGUUACUGAUAAAACACCUUGUCAUAGUUUCUGCACAAAACAAGUCCAACUUGAUGACGGUCUCCAACCUGGGUGUUAUCUUCGGGCCGACGCUGAUGCGGUCGCAGGAGGAGACGGUGGCUGCUAUGAUGAACAUAAAGUUUCAGAACAUCGUGGUGGAAAUAUUGAUCGAGAACUUCAACAAGAUCUUUCACCAGCCUCCGGAUCCCAACGUGCCUCUGCCGCAGCCGCAGAGCCGGACCGGCUCCCGCAGGAGCAGAGCCAUCUGUCUGUCCAAGGGGCCCCGCAAGCCGCGCAGUCUUUACACCCCAACACUGUGCCUGGCAGACGCAGAAAGUGACACCUUGAGCAGCAGUCCAAGCAGCACCCCUAUGGGCAGCAUGGAGUCUCUGUCAUCCCACUCCUCAGAGCAAAACACCUCCUCCAAAACCGCUUCCUCUGGAGCAGGAAGAUGCCUCGGCAGGUCGGACCUCCGCCGGACCCCGUCGCAGCUCUCGAACGGCCCCGGGAGCGCGCUGUGCGUCAGCAGCCCCGAGUCCAGCUCCAGGGAGGAGGGAGGUCGAACAGAUGGGGAGUCAGAGGACACUUUCAGCCUGUCCUCAGUCAGCACAACACCUCGACUGUCUCCCGCACCCAAAAAAGCCCCCCACUGCCGCUCUGACCUCAAGCCGGCGCUGCUGAGUCGCUCCGUUUCUCCCUCACUGAAAUCACUGCCAGGAUCUGACGGCCAGCAAAGCUGUUCUGGUUCUGUCCAAAGUUUAUCCACACUGGAGACCAAAGAGAGCUUAAAGCCUGGUGAUCACCCCAACCUUCCACCGAAGCAAGUGAUCCGCCGCAGGAUAGACGCGUCGGUGAACAAUGGCUACCAGAGGCCAGGCUCAGUGGUUGCUGCCAGAGCGCUGCUUUUUGAAAAUCCCUCCUCUUCACAAUCUUCCCUUAUAGGAAGAGAUGCCAAGGCCAUGUAUUCCUGUGAGGCAGAGCACAGCAAUGAGCUCAGCUUUCCUCAGGGGGCGCACUUCUCAAAUGUAUACCCCUCCGUCGAACCAGGCUGGCUCCAAGCAACAUACGAGGGCAAAACAGGUUUAAUCCCAAAGAAUUAUGUUGUUUACCUGUAAAAGAAGCUAACGCUGCCAUAUUUUUAUUAUAGCAAUGGAAAAAGAACUCUGUGCUCACUGUUAAGUUCCCAAUAUCCAGCUCCCUGACAGAGAAUUAUAUACACUCAUCAUUUGGCAUAAAUCUCUUAUUAAUUUUGGAUUUGGAGUGACAUAUUUGAAUCAUUUUUUUGGGGGGGUUUCCAGAGUGAAAUGGUAAUGCAAUAUAGGGAGAAUUAAGUCGUGUUUGGACAGGUUAAGAAAAAAUACAUUUUACCUCUGCCUUCAAACUUAUAAAUCAAAGCUUAGAGUGCCAAAGCACUAGUAUCUCCAUAAUUGCUACCUGUAAAAUUCAAGGCAACAGUAAAAUACCUUUUUACUUAGAUUGUCCCAGAUUCCUCAAUAUUCAUCAAAAGUUUGUUGUAUCUUUCUGGUAAAAAUGUACUUAAAUUCACCUCUAAUAUUUAAUUUGAACUAUUUUAUUGUUCUAAUGAUAAUGUUUUAGAUGUGUAUUUGUUCAUGACUUUAACACCUGAUGUUAUUCUUUAAGUUUACUUUGAUUAAAAACUAAAAAUUAUUAAGACAUUCAUGCAGAUGUGGCUAAUCUUUUAACUAUUGUUUGCAUUUUUAGCAAUUAUUAUUGUCAAGGCUUUCGCAAUGACCAAUUCCACACCUCCCUUUAUGAAACUUUGAGAAUGCAGGAUGCAAUUAAGCUGAAUUGCUCCACAGAGCAAGUCAGAUGUAAAUAUAAUACAAAAUGACAGCACUGAUCUCUAGUAUUAGCCUACAGAACCACAGAACAAUCAAUUUCCCUUUUAGUUAUUUUGUUCUCAAAAAUGUAUCCAAUAUGAACCCAUUUCACCACACUUCAUGUCGCAAACAUUUUGAUGGAUCAAGCUGUGAUUUCAAAUAAAACAAUCUAUUCUGUUAGAAUAUAGUAGAGAAAGCAAUAACGGUUUUGCACCUUAAUAUCUCUGGACUAUUGUUUACCCACUGAAACUGUUCCUGGCUGUUGCCUCGUCAGUUAAAUGCUACUGUACAACACCUGCUCCUGUUUUCAUUUUUCUUUAAAAUUAUAUUAAAUAUUUACGUCUUGUAACUGUUUGUUACAGAAUAUUGGCACAUCAAAUAUACGUUGUAUGUAAAAGUUACUUCAUUAAAUGUAUAUUGUGUGGUCAGUGUACACUGGUGUACCAGUAAUGACAACUACGCAAGUAUGACAUUGUUAUAUGUGAAAGAAGACAUUUAAUAUUUACUCUUGUCAACAUCCUCACACUAAAAAUCUAAAAUUGUCCACAGAGUUAAAUUUAGUGAUACAGUUUCAGAAAAAAAGAAACACAAUCAUUUUUGCUCCUUGCGUAUUACAAACUUAAAAAAAACAAACAAAAAGAAAAGAACGCCAAAGUUAAACUUUCUCUGGUUUCCCAAAAUGUAUUUGGGGGAAUAUUUGACAUUUAGCUCCUGCCAGGAUCAGGCUGUUCUUUUCCAUUUACACUUCGAAGAAUGCGAGGUGGCCUUGAACACUUGAUGCUGGACUACUACUCCCUUACAGUAAAUGAAUUUGCCAGGGCAUGUCACAGAAAUGAUAGUCAUUUCCUGAAUAUGUCAAAAUUGGCACGCUUUUUCACACAGUUAUUAGGAUUUAUUGCAAACAUUUAAUUUAUCCUAAAGAAAUAGGUCAGAAAAUACAGAGUGAAUGAUCAAAUCAUCUGUCUAGAUACAUGUGGUUUAUAUUUCACUGAGGGAUAAACAAGUAGAGUAUUGCAAGUAUCACAAGUUUCUUCUGCUUUUUGCCUUUUUGUCACUCGUAAAAGUUGGAUGUCAGAUAAAGAUAAUGGUAAAUAAAAA